GUUGAUUGGACAUGACCUGUCUAUGUAAGUUCCUACAAUUCAAAGUGUAUGUCAGACCAAAAGCCAUGAAGUUCAAUAAACUCUCCGUAAACUUCCCUGAUAGAAUUCUGUCAAGGCAAAGAUCUGGAGAAUGACCGUUAUAUUGAAAGUUCCCUGAAGCACAGUUGGCUCCAUCAUUCUGAAAUGGAAGAAGGGCCAUGGUCAGGUUCCAUUUCAAGUAAUGUUGGUGUUGAUCUGAGAACAUUCAGCGCCAGAAAUAUGCAAAAUGACAGACAGGGGCAAAUACUACAUAGACAGAUAAGCAGCAGUGAUGUCUGGCACCGGGGCAGGGAAGAGACCCUCGGGUGGGGACAGCCCCCCUGGUCCACCUGAGAAGAAGAGCAAAAAAGAGGAGAAAACCACCACCACUCUCAUUGAGCCCAUACGUAUUGGGGGAGUGUCAUCUACGGAGGAAAUGGACAUGAAGGUGAUCCAGUUUAAGAACAAGAAGCUAAGCGAGCGUCUGGAGCAGAGGCAGACCAUGGAGGAUGAACUGCGGGAGAAGAUUGAGAAGCUGGAAAAGCGACAAGCUACUGAUGAUACCACAUUACUCAUUGUGAAUCGUUACUGGUCCCAGUUGGAGGAAAACGUUAAUGUUCUGUGCCAACGCAUUGACCCCACGGUGGUUCCAGCGCCGCCCGCUACGCCUGUCCCAGUCCCCACCCCAAUGGAAGACGACGGUAUAAUGGUCCCACCCCCUCCUCCCCCUGCCCCCCUCCCAGCGUCAGAACAUGAGGAGCAGCAGCCCCCGCCACCGGACGGUUUGGCUCCUGAACCUCAGCAGGACUUGACUGCAGCCCCGCCCUCGUCGCCGGCCCCCCUCAGUGACAGUGCCAAGGCCCUCCUGGCCAUUCUAGACAACAGCAGCGAGGAGGAGCUCGGCCUGCAGCUGCAGGACAGGAUGAAGUUUAGCAAAGAGGCGGCCGCCUGCAUGGUCUGCGCCUUCGACAGGCUGCACAGUCGCAUCGACAGCCUCUGUACCCAGAUCCAGUCCGCUGUCUGUGAGGAUGAAAGCCAGGAAGAGCUGCUCCGCCUGAAUCGCACUCUGCUGCAGGAGAACGGCCGACUGCAAGACCUGGCCUCAAACCUGCAGGGGAGACACCACAAGAUGUCUUUGGAGUACAAUGAGCUUGUGGAUAAGGUGACCAGCUCUGAGACCAAGGUGUCUGAGAUGGAGACGGCUGUUGAGGACCUGCAGUGGGACAUCGAGAAGCUCCGUAAGAGAGAACAGAAGCUCAACAAGCAUCUGGCUGAGGCCUUGGAGCAGUUGAACUCGGGCCACUACGCCACAGGCAGCUCAGGGGGUCUACCCGGAGGCCAAAUCACCCUCAACAUCCAGAAAUUUGAGAGCCUGAAUGCAGAGUUGGAGCAGAACCAGGAGCUGGCCAACAGUCGCAUGGCGGAGCUGGAGAAGUUACAGCAGGAGCUUCAGGAAGCUGUAAGGGAGAGUGAGAAGCUCAAGUUGGACCUGAAAAACAUCCCAGAGGAGGUGGUGAAGGAGACUGCCGAGUACAAGUGCCUGCAGUCCCAGUUUUCCCUGCUCUACAACGAGUCCCUGGGCGUGAAGACCCAGCUGGACGAGGCCCGUGCCCUGCUCCUCACCGCCAAGAAUGCACACCUCCGACAGAUAGAGCACAUGGAGAGUGACGAGCUGUCACUACAGAAGAAGCUCCGCACUGAGGUCAUCCAGCUGGAAGACACGCUGGCCCAGGUGCGCAAGGAGUACGAGAUGCUGCGAAUCGAGUUUGAGCAGAACCUGGCGGCUAACGAGCAAGCCGGCCCAAUCAACAGGGAGAUGCGCCACCUCAUUAGCAGCCUCCAGAACCACAACCACCAGCUGAAAGGUGACGUGCAGCGCUACAAGAGGAAGCUCCGAGAAACACAGAUGGAGAUCAACAAGUUGCGGUGCCAGAGUGGUGAUACUGGGCUUCUGUCGCUGGAGGAACCAGUGAGCGACUGUCUGGAUGUGAAGAAAGAGGAGGAUGAAGACCAAGAGGAGGAAGAGGAGAGGAGGAGGGAGCUGGAGAGACAGCGGGCCCGCGAGAGAGAGCGGGAGGUUGAGAGGGAACGAGAACGGGAGCGAGAAAGGGAGCGACAGCGCAGCGAAGAGUUAAAGAGGAAAGAUUCGGACACUCUGAAGAUGCUGAGGGCAGAACUUAAGAAAGCCCAGGAGUCCCAAAAGGAGAUGAAGCUACUGUUGGACAUGUACAAAUCAGCUCCCAAAGAGCAGAGAGACAAAGUGCAGCUUAUGGCAGCGGAGCGCAAGUCUAAAGCUGAGGUGGAAGAAUUGCGUGUGCGAGUUCGAGAGCUGGAGGAAAGGGAGAGGAAGGAGAGCAAGAAGCUGGCUGAUGAGGACGCUCUCAGGAAAAUACGUGUUGCAGAGGAGACCAUUGACCACCUCCAGAAGAAGCUCACGGCCACAAAACAGGAGGAGGAGGCCCUGCUGAGUGAGAUGGACGUGACGGGCCAGGCCUUCGAAGACAUGCAGGAGCAGAACAGCCGUCUGAUGCAGCAGCUCAGGGAGAAGGACGAUGCCAACUUUAAACUGAUGUCGGAGCGCAUCAAGUCCAACCAGAUCUACAAGCUGCUGAGGGAGGAGAAGGAGGAGCUGGCCGAUCAGGUGCUAACAUUCAAGACCCAGGUGGAAGCCCAGCUAUUGGUUGUACAGAAGCUGGAGGAGAAAGAGGGUGUCCUCCAAAGCUCACUGGCCGCCCUGGAGAAGGAAUUAGGAGUCCGCACACAAGCGCUAGAACUCAACAAGAGGAAGGCGGUGGAGGCAGCCCAACUGGCUGAGGACCUGAAGGUCCAGCUGGAACACACCCAGUCCAAGCUGAGGGAGAUCCAGGUGUCCGUGUCAGAAAACCGCACCGCCAGGGAGAGGGAGCUGGGCAACCUCAAAAGAGCCCAGGAGGACUUGUCCAGGCUACGACGGAAACUGGAAAAACAGAAGAAAGUGGAAGUGUACACUGAUGCUGAUGAGAUCUUGCAAGAAGAGAUCAACCAGUACAAGGCGAAGCUGCGCUGUCCGUGCUGCAACACCCGCGACAAAGAGACGGUACUCACCAAGUGCUUCCACGUGUUCUGCUACGAGUGUCUGAAGACGCGCUACGACACCAGACAGAGGAAGUGCCCCAAGUGCAACUGUGCCUUUGGGGCCAAUGACUUCCACCGCAUCUACAUCACCUAACUCUGUUAGAGAGAGUUAAAGGACAGAAGUGGACAGAGCCAAAGGAGAGAGAAGGGGAUGGAAGUGAGGGUGUGGUGGUAGAGAUGUCUGGCAAGCAUAGUUUUUUCCUCAGUUUUAAUCUCCUUUUGGAAAGACUCUCUUAUAUUGCAUCAUUGCCGUAUGAUGCUAGUGACCAAAUGGAUGGGUAGACUGAGUUGUGAUUGGUUGAGUGUUGAUGCAUGGUAGCUAGGCUGUAAUAAAACCAGAUGUUCUCGUGUAUUCCUGCCUAUGGAUGCUCUGUAUUGUUUUUUCCUGUCCCAUCUAGUCAGAUCUCACCCAUGUGGUCUUUCUGAACUUUUAGCUAAGCCUGUUUUAAAUGCAUUUUUUUAACAUUCCAAAAGUGAACUAGGUAGUUGUGGCACUAGGUUUGCCAGACUUCCCAGGAAUCAUCUUUGAGGUAACGUGGUUGUUUUAAGUGUUUGAAGAAAUGAAAACCAUUCUCAAACAUUGAGAUUUACUCAGUGGACACUAUUGGCUAUGUUGAGUUAUGAUCAUUACCCCUCAAUUUUUGUAGAAAUGUAGUUACAGUACCGAAAUGAUCACAUCGUGCACCAAGCCUGUCGCUAGCAGCUAGAGCGACUCACACACAUCUGCAGGUUUUAGUGCCUCAUUACAGAUGACAUUUCAGUGGAAUAGCUCAUGAGUGUCAUACUAAGUAGGCUAUCCAACCCCGGUCCACCAAGAGUACUUUGUUAAAGGUUAUGCGUACAUUCAAGUCUCAAAACAUCUGUUACAUCCAUAUUCUGCCUUAAUGGAACCUCUCUACCCACAUUGUUUGGGCCCAGCUUUUCAAAGGCUAUCUGAAUUUUGACUUUGAUUUAAUGCAUGGAAAUAUGAUUAAUGGAUUUAAGUCAGUGAUUUGUAAAUUUAUAUUUUUGUAUUUCUACACAUUUUGUCCUAUCUAUUAGGCAUAAUCCAGAUCACUUUUGAAGAACUGGUCCCUAAUGAUGUUAGCUGUAUGAUGAGAUCUUGGUAAAGGUUUGGUGUUAGAUCCUGUUAGAACCAACACAACUGGCCUCAAAAUAUUUGACCACAUUGGUGAUUAAAAGUCAAUGUCAAAAAACAUGUCGAAUAUCAUGCAUCGGUUGAAAAAAGUAUCUCAGUAAUAUGUUGAUGUAAUGUUUGAGUUGUGUGUCUGGAUAUUUGGAUUGGGAGAAAUGAGUGGGUGGUGUGAACGCUGAUUGUGGUAUUGUGAAUGUACUAGUGAUCAUUUUGUAUUUCACUGAACAUAGAAGUUGAGCUUUUCCAGUAAAACAUUAACUUGUGCACCA